AUCCUUUGAAUGAAUUUUUGUGCACAUCUGGGGCAUCCUAAGGUCAUGGUAAAUCGACAGCAAACGUUUCCUUUCAACAUGCAUGCAUGUUUUUAAUUAUUCAGCGAUCUACUGUGUUGUGAUUGGUCAAUUGUUUGCACGAAGACCUUUGUGGCCGAUAGAUGUCUUGUCAGCACGAAAAAAACCGUCAAGUUCCUUCAGCUUAACCUCACUUCUACUGACUAUUUGUUAUGAGUUUAUUCAACGUACAAAACUCUUAAUUAUUGCUUUAUUCAAAAUGGGUCGUCGUUAUUACUGCGAAUAUUGUGACAAGACUUUCAUUGAUGAACUGGAAGCACGAAGAAAACAUCUACAGAGCGCCCAUCACAUUAAACUUCGUAAUAUGCACUAUGAGCAUUGUAGAGAUCCUGCCACUAUACUGAAAGAGGAACUAUUGAAAACCCCUUGCAGGAAAUAUUUCCAGAAUGGCACGUGUAUGUUCGAAGGCAGCUGUAAAUAUACUCAUUACUCUCCUGAACAGUUAUGUGUACUUAGACAGCAAGUUGAACAGAUGGAAAUAAAGCGCCAGAAAUUGGACUUGGAAAAAAAGCACAUUCCAUCUGUAGAAUCCUGGCUGGAAAAGUAUGAAAGGGUUGCUAAUAAGGAUGACAGCAGCACUGUGCACACGCCCUGGACUUACCCUGAACAGUUAGUGGGCAGAGCGGACUUACCACCAUCUCUAAUCAAAUUCCGUCCGGAACACUUUCAUGAUGAUGAUUUCGAAGAAUGGGGAAAAUAAUAAAGCAGACUAUUAAAAGUGCAA